AUGUUGGCAACCGCCAGGGAUGGAGGAACAAAGCUUGCCAACCCGAAGCCUAGGAUGCCGAAUAUCAAUAGGAAGCGAAUAUUCGCAAUCAUGGAUGGCCAAGAUAUGGUAACGUUGGAACUGGGAAGCAACCCGAAUGCUCUCUCUUUGCGACGACCAUUCGAUCCUGUAGCCCACGAUUUGGAAGCAACCUUUCGUUUGACAAGGUUUGCAGAUUUGAAAGGAAGAGGGUGCAAGGUACCACAGGAAAUACUCUUCAAAUUACUUGAAGGGAUCCAAGACGAUGGUUCCAACGAACAAGACGCUUUUAUGCAGAUGGCUUUUACUCGAAUCGGCAUUGGCAUGGACUCUUCGGUAACACCGUUGCGUCAUGGUGGAUUGUAUUUGGUGCAGACAACGGAUUUUUUCUAUCCUAUCGUUGAAGAUCCGUACAUGAUGGGUAAGAUUGCCUGUGCAAAUGUUUUGAGUGACCUUUACGCGAUGGGGGUAGCGGAAUGUGACAACAUUUUGAUGCUUCUGGGAGUUUCUACGAAAAUGACGGAAAAGGAGAGGGACAUCGUCAUCCCUCUGAUGAUGCGUGGAUUCAAGGAUUGUGCGUUGGAAGCUGGAUCUCAGGUGACGGGGGGUCAAACAGUGAUGAAUCCUUGGGUAACAAUUGGUGGAGUUGCCUCGUCUGUUUGCCAACCGAAUGAGUUUAUCGUGCCAGAUUCUGCAGUUCCUGGUGACGUUCUGGUUCUCACGAAGCCACUUGGCACACAAGUGGCUGUCAAUGCCCAUCAGUGGCUUGAUCAGCCCGAGAGGUGGAACAGAAUCAAGCUUGUUGUAUCUGAAGAAGAUGUGAAAAAGGCUUACAUGCGUGCAAUGGAUUCCAUGGCUCGUCUCAACAAAACUGCUGCAUUAAUGAUGCACAAGUACAAUGCCCAUGGUGCGACAGACGUGACAGGAUUUGGUCUUCUUGGUCAUGCGAUGAACUUGGCCAAAAAUCAGAAGAAUGAAGUCUCCUUUGUUAUUCACAAUUUGCCAGUCAUUGCGAAAAUGGCCGCAGUUGCGAAAGCUUGUGGAAACAUGUUUCAGCUACUUCAAGGGCUUUCUGCUGAAACUUCUGGUGGUUUGCUGAUUUGUUUGCCGAGGGAGCAAGCUGCUGCAUACUGCAAGGACAUUGAGAAGCAAGAAGGCUACCAGUCGUGGAUUAUUGGCAUUGUUGAGAAGGGUAACCGAACAGCCCGCAUUAUUGACAAGCCGCGAGUCAUUGAGGUGCCAGCGAAAGAGAAGGAAGGAGAAUUGUGUCGUCCGAGCUGUCCGAAGUGUCGGGCUCGAUGCUUGCCGUCUAAAUUACUAAGGAUAUUCUUCGAUACUCCCGAUACUGCUGCGUCAAAGUCUGGUCGAUCAAGUUUCCCAUCGGCGUCGCAAAUGUGCGUUAAAAUCAACGAAUUGAAAGCCGUUGUGGAUCAAAAAGAUCAGCAAAUAGUUCAGCUAGAAACUGCUAAGUCGAAUCUACAGAAGUUGUAUAAAGAAACUGAGCGCGUGUUUCUGACGGAGACCAGUUCAUUGCGUAAUGCACUCAAGAAUUUGAAGAAAGAAAAAGAAGCUCAUGAAAGCAUUUACAAGAUGGUUUCGGGUGCCGAUCACGAAUGGAAGGAGGAAAUGUUCAAGUGUGCCCAUGAAAAUCCUCAUGCUUUGAUAAGUGCCAUGAGGGAAUUGAGAAAGCAGUUGUCGGAAAGUAAGAAACGCGAAAUGGAAGUUUCCAAGUUGCAUCUUUCUGAGAAGAAGGCGCUUUUAGCGAAAAUUGAAGAUUUGAAACAUACAGUCAUUAGGUCGAAGAAAACUGAAGAUAACUUGGAAUCAGUGAAGAAAGGUCUCCUGGAAGAAAUCACUAUGCUGAAGAAUCGGCAGGGAACUUCGAAAUUAAAGAAGACUAUUGUUACUGGCGAAUCGGGCAGAUCAAAUUUUGAUAAGCCGAAAUUCGUUGCUCCGAAUGAGACCAUCGAUAUUACUGGUUCGGAUGAUGAUGAUGCUGGAUGUUCUCCUGAUGCAUAUUUUACCCCCGCCCAACUUCGACCAGGAAGAGCAAUGGACAGAAACUCGAAAAGACCGCGAUAUGAUGGGUUUGGUGGACAGGCCAAUUUUCCGCACUCUUCGGACUUCGAAGAAAAUACCAGGCUGAAGAGAAGACCCGCGUUACAAUCAAUGGAUAAUUUCGUGAAGAAGGGAUAA